AUGGCCUACGACUGCUACUGCGCCAUCUGUGGUGUCGGCUUUUGUGGAAUGCUCAUCGAAACUCCCUCAGAGACAGCAACCGAGCGUCGACGACGGUGGAUUGAAAAAAGAUCUCAGGCUCUCCAAGCGGGUCAGUCCAUCGACCAGGUCCCGCAGGAUGGUGAAGAGCCCGUUCGCAGUUACGACCCCAAGAUUCUUGGCUGGGAGAACGUAGCAUGGCUCUACAAGGCAUACUGUCUCGGAUUCAACCCUCGGGCUGCCUCGGGAAAGGGAAAAACAUUUGUCUCCGGACCGGGCUAUUAUGCAGACGUUGGAGAGAUUGCCAUCAAGUCUGGCACUGACGCUGUACCUGGUCAAGACCGGAAUGUCUAUACCUGCUAUGGCUCCGGGACCGACGACACCCCCGGACCGGUCAUCCCCUUCCACGGAUGCUGCUUCGAGAUCCUAACUCGCGUCCUCACCAACUCUACCGAUAGCUCAACAAUCGACAUGAAAGUGCUGUACAAUGUGAUGACAGACUUGUGCAACGAAUCCUGCUCCGCUCUGCGACUGAACUAUGGCGACGACAUUCGGCGGGCGCAAGGCCGCUACUGGGAGUGCAUCCCCGGCGCAGAGGCAAGCAGCAACGCAACGACCAAGUCGCAUAGUCAUCUACUGACCAGUUGCAGUACUGCGCGACACAUCCACAAAUUCAAGAAGCCGUUCGCACAGUUCGAUCUCAAGGGCCGAUCGCCUGCCAGCCCCUUCGGCAAGCUACCACUCGAACUCGUGUAUCAAAUUUGCUCCUACCUGCCCGGUGAUUCGCUCAAGGCGUUGACUCAAGCAUCACUGAGCAUCCAGAUUGUCACGCAGGACAACUGGUUCUGGAAACGAUUCAUCCAGUGGGAAAUGCCAUGGUUCUGGGAAUUUUACUCCUCGCAGAAGCCCAAGGAUUUGCCGGACGACGUCAACUAUAAGCGAUUGUACAUGUGGCUCGACAAGAUGACCGCGGCUCGGUACGGCAUGGACGAUCUGGCGCUCAUUGGGGUUGCGAACCGUCGACGCAUCUGGGGCGUAUGUGAAGAACUGGCCACAGCCCUACAACGAGCGGGCUUCACCGUAACAAUCAUCACGCGGACCGAAUCCAAGUCGACGUUUCCUCCCGACAUUCCAGUAAUCAGAACGACUUACACCCUGGAGAACCUCACAUCAGCCCUAGCGGGACAGGAUGCAGCCGUCUGCGUGGUGGGUCCCGGCGGUAUCGGGGCACAAGUCACCAUGAUCGAUGCCGCCGAGGCCGCGGGCGUGAAGCGCUUCAUCGUGGAUGACUUUGGCUGGGGUGUCAAUCCCAAGUCUUCCCCUGAGUUCGACGCCAUUCAGGCGCAUCGUCGUGCGGGAUGGGAUCAUGCAAAGGCGAAGGCAGACAGCAAUCCUGAUUUUACGUACACGGGAAUCAGCACUGGGAAUCCUAUUGAUUGGGCGUUGAAACGCUUCCCCCUGAUGGUCUUCGAUGUGGUGCGCUGCUCGGCUAUCAUCUAUGACUCUGGCACCGAACAAUUCACUGGCACCACACUCGAGGGUAUCGGGCAGUCGGUUGUCGGCGUCUUGCAGCAUCCAGACAGGACAGCCAACCGCUUUGUCAAGGCGCAGUCCAUCAUCACCUGUCAAAACGAGCUGUUGCAAGCCUUUCAAUCUGUGACGGGGAAACAGUGGGAGGUACAACGAGCGUCCACCCACACACUCAUGGAGGACGGGAAACGCAAAUUUCAGGAGAGUGUCAGUGGUUGGGUUCUGGACUUGGUGGUGGCACAGUUGUUCGAUGAGGGCCAAUCUCGGUGUCUUAUUGCUCCGUCACGAGAGGAAUCAGAUGCGGAUUUAUUGGGAAUCGCAGAGGAGACUGCAGAGCAAGUGGUGGCCAAGGCUCUGGCUUCAUAA